GUCAUCCCCUGUACUAUCCACAGUCUCUGGUCAUCCCUGUACUGUCCGCAGUCUCUGGUCUUACCUGUACUGUGUCCACAGUCUCUGGUCAUCCCUGUACUGUCCGCAGUCUCUGGUCAUCUCCUGUACUGUGUCCACAGUCUCUGUCUCUGGUCAUCUCCUGUACUGUGUCCGCAGUCUCUGGUCAUCCCUGUACUGUCCGCAGUCUCUGGUCUUCCCUGUACUGUGUCCGCAGUCUCUGGUCAUCUCCUGUACUGUGUCCGCAGUCUCUGGUCAUCUCCUGUACUGUGUCCGCAGUCUCUGGUCAUCUCCUGUACUGUGUCCGCAGUCUCUGGUCAUCUCCUGUACUGUGUCCGCAGUCUCUGGUCAUCUCCUGCACUGUGUCCGCAGUCUCUGGUCACUCCUGUACUGUGUCCGCAGUCUCUGGUCAUCUCCUGUACUGUGUCCGCAGUCUCUGGUCAUCCCCUGUACUGUGUCCGCAGUCUCUGGUCAUCCCCUGAACUGUGUCCGCAGUCUCUAUCUAUCCCCUGUACUGUGUCCGCAGUCUCUGGUCAUCUCCUGUACUGUGUCCGCAGUCUCUGGUCAUCUCCU